UAUAUUGAUUUUUGUGUGCCACAAAUCGGUCUAAACAAUCUGCAAUAACACUUGCAAGAAACGCUAUUAGUAACUUAUUAUUAUUAUUAUUAUUAUUAUUAUUAUUAUUAUUAUAUAUACAUAUAUUUUAAUGACAGAAAUCGUUUUUUCCAGUAAGCCCAUUCUUUCCAAGAUCUUUCCGAAGCUUUCAUAUUCCAUCCGUCUCUUUCAUACACCUUUGCAACUCACUGCUUCGGGUCGAUGUUAUCAUGUUCUAUCUGAGUUUACUCAUGGAGGGCUUUUGACUUUGGGACUGAAAACAACCCUUUCUACGACACGACGCUUCCACACAAACAAUGGUGAUAUCACGUCAAUCACACAACACCCAGAAUAUAUUUCACACCUUAACGAGCUUAACGAAUGCUUUGAAGAGGCAAGAGAGCUCAUUAAAGACUCGUUUGACAGCGCUGGCACAGUCUAUUUUACCGAAGAUCUUAACGAUGCUAAGGAACAGACUACUAAAACGCUUCAAAAAUUGAAGGAACUUGAACAGUGGAUUGAAAAACAUGGUGGGAUAACAGCGUUAGAGAAGUUUCGAAGGGAGACAUCACUUAAAAUGAGUCAAUUAGAAGAGGAAUUAGAUGUUGCUACGUGCAAAGGUCAAAGUUAAAGGUGUUGAAUUUUUUUCAUCAAUAUGGCCACAAUCAAUAACUUGUGAGAUUAUAACUACUCACUCUUUU